CGCUUUAACGGCCACGGAUGGUCCUGGAGGGGCCAGUCAAGUGCGGCCGCGGGAGGGAGCGUGCGUGCGUGCCCGCGCGGAGACGGCCCCGUUCCCGCGCGCGGCGCCUCUCCACGCCCGGCCCGGGUCUGGUGUGGGAUGGAGGUGUCGGGGCGCAAAAGACGACAACAAACAUGUUCCGGAAGGACGUGCAAGGAGAGAUGUUGCGCGCGUGCACUUGCGUGCUGGUCCAUAAAGGACAAAUGACGGAUUUGACUACAAAGAUGCGUUCAGGGACAGAAGGAAAUACCAGGAGUACUCGGAGAAAAUGGAUCAUCAAAAAGAGUCGAGCAGGGCCGGGAAGAAAGAAGGUCUUCAGGACCAGACCCUCCUCCAAGAAGAAGAAGAAGAAGACGUGAGAAAGGAGAGGAAGGUCAAAGAAGGUCAAAGAAGGUCAAAGAAGGUCAAAUAUGGUUUUCAAGGUGAAACCAGCAGGCAGAUCUAGACAGAACCAACCCCCCCGCCAUCCCAACCCCAUCCCCCCCAGUCCAGACCUCCCCACUUUGGACUGGACCAGAGCCGGCACGGUGCAAAACACGCAGGAACACGACACGCGCAGUUGUGCAGGCGCAACUUUUCCGGGAAUACAGCAGCAGGACGUAGAGGAACAUCUCCCGGUCAGAUCGCGGGCGAGCCUCAGAGAGACGGCGUCACGUGACCCCUGAUGCCAAAUGCUCUGCAGGCGGCGGUUCUCAGCCAGGACCCGAGACGACAGACAUGCAGAAGAGCACGUACUACGACAACGCCGCCACGCUCUUCGCCGGCUACCCGUCCUACCAGGCGCAGGGGGGGGCGGCCAACGGCUUUGGGGGCUACGAGGUGCAGGGGUCGCACCGGCCGCCCGCCUUCCAGCCCGCCGCCCAUCUGGAGGUGGAUGCCUUCCACGGCUCCGCCUGCUCCCUGCAGUCGCUGGCUACUAGCGGCGGGCGGCAGCAGCGGGUAGUUGACGGCGAGGAGCUGGGCGGCAGCUGCAUGAGACCCCACCGCACGCCCGCCUCCCCCGCGCUCAGCGACGGCAGUACCGCCAAUCAGCAGCCGGGGGGCAGCGCUGGCGCCUCCUGCGCCCCUACGGCGGGCCCCGACAAGUCCUCCGGGUCCUCCGCUUCCUCCUCAACGUCCUCCUCCUCCUCCUCAUCAUCCUCCUCGUCCUCCUCGCUGCCCUCCAAGCACAUCUUCCCCUGGAUGAAAGAGUCCCGACAAGCCACCAAGCAGAAAAACUGCUCAGCCGCCAACACCUCGGCCAACGCGUCGGGCGGUGGCGAGACCGGCAGUGGCGGAGAGAAGAGUCCCACCGGCGGCUCGUCGGUGUCAUCUAAGCGGGCCCGCACGGCGUACACCAGCGGACAACUGGUGGAACUGGAGAAGGAGUUCCAUUUCAACCGCUACCUUUGCCGUCCUCGGCGCGUGGAGAUGGCAAACCUGCUCAACCUGUCUGAGCGCCAGAUCAAGAUCUGGUUCCAAAACAGACGCAUGAAGUACAAAAAGGACCAGAAAUCCAAGGGAUUAAGUUCCAGCUCAGGAGGGCCUUCCCCAACCGGCUCGCCGCCUCUGCCCAUGCAAUCCUCAGCCGGCUUCCUCAACUCCAUGCACCCCUUGGUAGGAGGAGUUGGCUCCGGCUUUGAUGCUCCAUCUCCUCCAUCCUUUGGUAAACCUCACCAAGGAGGGCCUUACUCCAUGUCCACUGCCUACUCCAACCUCCCCAUGAAGGGCUGCCCACCCCAACAGAAGUACAGUCACCAGGAUCAAGACUACGGCGAGCCCCAUCCUCACCAUAACAUGGUGCAGGCCAACAAUGCCAACUUUGGGACCGUCCCCAACAUGCAGGCCAGUCCUGUGUACGUGGGGGGUGGCAGCUACGUGGAAUCCAUGCCCGGCUCGGGGCCGUCUAUGUAUGGCUUGAACCACCUGGGUUCCACGCCUACACAUCACCAGACCAUGGACUACAAUGGCGUGGGGCCCAUGUCAGCUGCUAACCAGCAUCAUGUGAGUGGAGGGGUCCCUCAGGGUCCCUGUGACCCGCCCACGCACCCCACAUACCAGGAGCUGUCAGCGCACCACACCUCGACUCAGGGCAGAAUUCAAGAGGCACCCAAGCUCACUCACCUGUAGUUGGAUGGGAGGAGCAGGAAGACGGACCGCACGAAACAAGUAAUGUGACUCGUUAACAGACUUACUAACACGGGGGCUUACCUGCGGGUAGAGGCUUGGCUUGAAGGAAAGGAAGAAGACACAGUGAAGCGAUUCAGUGGUUUGUUCCUGACCCUUUUUCUAGUGCUUACCUGGUUUUAGGUUGCAGAGAAGCCGGAGUCCGACCAGGGACUUGUUGACGGGGGGGAAACUGAACCCUGAGAAGUCAAUGACGAGAUAACAAAAGAUCAGAAUCCAAGGUGUGUGUUAGGGUGUAACGUCGAUACAUAUCUGGGUGUAUCCAAACACAUCGGUAGAUACCUGGGGGUAACUAAAAACGUCGGUACAUACCUGGGUGUAACCAGACACGUCGGUACAUACCUCAGUGUAACAUCGGUACCUAACUGGGUGUAACGUCGGUACAUACCUGGGUGUAACCAGACACGUCAGUACAUACCUCGGUGUAACAUCGGUACAUACCUGGGUGUAACCAGACAAGUCUGUACAUACCUGGGUGUAACCGCUAACGUCGGUACAUACCUGGGUGUACCGCGGUACAUACCUGGGUGUAACAUCGGUACAUUGUACAUACCUGGGUGUAACCAGGCACGUCGGUACAUACCUGGGUGUAACCAAAAACUUAGGUACAUACCUGGGUGUAACCACUAACGUCGGUACAUACCUGGGUGUAACGUCGCUACAUUCCUGGGUGUAACAUCGGUACAUUGUACAUACCUGGGUGUAACCAGACACGUCAGUACAUACCUCGGUGUAACAUCGGUACAUACCUGGGUGUAACCAGACAAGUCUGUACAUACCUGGGUGUAACCAGACAAGUCUGUACAUACCUGGGUGUAACCACUAACGUCGGUACAUACAUGGGUGUAACGUCGGUACAUACCUGGGUGUAACAUCGGUACAUUGUACAUACCUGGGUGUAACCAGGCACGUCGGUACAUACCUGGGUGUAACCAAAAACUUAGGUACGUACCUGGGUGUAACCACUAACGUCGGUACAUACCUGGGUGUAACGUCGCUACAUACCUGGGUGUAACAUCGGUACAUUGUACAUACCCCGGUGUAACCAGACACGUCAGUACAUACCUCGGUGUAACAUCGGUACAUACCAGGGUGUAACCAGACAAGUCUGUACAUACCUGGGUGGAACCACUAACGUCGGUACAUACCUGGAUGUAACAUCGGUACAUUGUACAUACCUGGGUGUAGCCAGGCACGUCGGUACAUACCUGGGUGUAACAAAAAACUUAGGUACAUACCUGGGUGUAACCACUAACGUCGGUACAUACCUGGGUGUAACGUCGGUACAUACCUGGGUGUAACAUCGGUACAUUGUACAUACCUGGGUGUAACCAGGCACGUCGGUACAUACCUGGGUGUAACCAAAACCUUAGGUACAUACCUGGGUGUAACGUCGGUAUAUACCUGGGUGUAACUAGACACAUUGGUACAUACCUCAGUGUAA